AUGUUCUUCAAGACUCUGGCUACUCUGGCCUGUGCCAGCUGUGCUUUUGCUCACGCAAAUCACGACCAAACUCCGCUUGCCGAAGGACCACAUCGCAGCUUGUGGUACAAUACCUUGCCUGGAGAUGGUGGCACUCAGGCAGAUUCAGUCUUCUCCGGCAUCUCGACCUUUGGCCGCCUGCCAUACUUCCCUUGCCUAGCAAGUGACCACGAGAAGUUUGACAUUGCCUUCAUCGGUGCUCCAUUCGACACAGGCACCUCCUACAGACCAGGUGCCCGUUUCGGCCCAAGCGGGAUCAGACAAGGCUCACGAAAAGUGCGCUUUAGUGGCGGGUACAACGUACCCAUGGACGCCAACCCCUUCAACUUCUGGGGCAAAGUCAUCGACUGCGGCGACAUCCCCGUGACCUCGUACGACAACGCCUACGCCCUCCACCAGAUCGAAGAAGGCCACCACACCCUCCUGACCCGCACGCCCUACACCGCCUCCGAAGAGCCCGGCAUCUCCAAGUCAGGCAAGACCCUCCCCCGCUUGAUCACCCUAGGCGGCGACCAUACCAUCACCCUCCCCCUGCUCCGCAGCAUCAACCGCGCCUACGGCCCCAUCAGCGUCAUCCACUUCGACUCCCAUCUCGACACCUGGAAGCCCACUGUCUUCGGUGGCGCCCCGUCCAAGCAAGCCGCCAUCAACCACGGCACUUACUUCUACUGGGCUGCCCAAGAGGGCUUGUUGGCGAAUGACACUAACAUCCACGCUGGAAUCCGCACUACACUGUCUGGUCCUUCGGACUACGAAAACGACGGCUAUGUCGGCUUCACCCGCGUCGAAGCCCGCGAGAUCGACAAGAUCGGCACUGCGGGCAUCAUCAAGAAGAUCCGUGAGCGUGUUGGUACCCACGACCCGGUCUACCUCUCCAUCGACAUCGAUACCCUGGACCCAGCGUUCGCGCCUGCGACGGGCACGCCGGAGACAGGUGGGUGGAGCACGCGAGAACUCCGCGAGAUCCUGCGCGGGUUGGAGGGCAUCAACAUCGUGGCGGCGGAUCUGGUCGAGGUGGCGCCCGCGUACGAUACGAAUGCGGAGCUGACGACCAUGGCGGCGGCGGAUGCGUUGUAUGAGGUUAUGACUGUUAUGGUGAAGAGAGGCCCUCUGAGUGUCAAGGAUGUGUUGAAGAAGGAGGAGAAGAUGGGCAAGUUGAGCGAAGUUGAGGGUGAGGGUAUGGAGAGAAGGUUCGUGGAAGGCGAGGAGGCCUGA